AUGUCGUGGGAACCAUUGAUUGUCGAACUUGGAGGUGAAAAACAUGGACCCCAAGAUGGCGACGAGACGAAAAAUCACUACGAUAAUACAAAGCUAUCGAAGAAGGCGUUGAAAGACUUGCCUGCGAAUCCCGGUGAAGAAAUUGGAAUGUUCUAUGGUCUUGAGGUUUGUCGUGAUUUUGACGUCAAGCUAUUGAAAAACAGCAAUACCAAAGCUGUCGAAACAAAGCAAUCCAAGGAACACGAUAAGGAGUCCUCGGAGCCCAAAAAGAAAAAGCGGAAAGCCCCUCCAGAAGAAUCCGAAGCUUCGAAAGAUACUACAACUUCGAAAAAGAAAACAAAACGCAAGAAAAAGAAAAAGGCAAAUGCGGAGCCGUCCCCACCAGUUGAAGAAGAGAGCCUGGAUGAUGACGAAACUGGAGAAAGUUCUAUUGACGAGGAUCGCUUCCUAGAGCUGCAGCAAGCCUGGGGAAACGUUCUAGAUUCUCGUCUUGAGACCGGUUUAUAUCGUCAAGGCUUUGUCAAGCCCACCCCAGUUCAAGCAGCUGCGCUCCAUCCCGCCAUUCUUGGCCGUCGGAAUAUUGUCGGUGCUGCGCCAACAGGUUCUGGAAAGACUCUUGCGUUCCUCCUUCCAAUUCUGCAACACAUCCUUCGAGAGGAUUUGGCACCUGGAACUCCACCACAAGCAGUCAUUGUCACUCCUACUCGUGAGCUUGCGACUCAAAUACACCACGAGUGCAACAAGCUGGCGCCAGACACCUGUAUGACUUUGGUGGGCGGCAUUGCGUUGGUGAAGCAAGCUAGAAUAUUGGCAACGAAGAGACCCCCAAUAAUCAUUGGAACCCCUGGUCGACUUUGGGCUGUGAUCUCCAGCCAGGAGCACGAACACCUUAACGACCUUUCACAAAUACGCUUUUUGGUUUUAGAUGAAGCAGACAGAAUGACACAAGAUCACUGUUUCCCGCAAAUGCUAUCAAUUCUUGAAGCAAUCAAUGAAGCAAACCUAAGCCCUGGAUCAGAUGAUGAAUCAGAUUCAAGUGACGAUGAGGACGAUGCAGAUGAUGGUCGCAUGUCGUCAUUACCGGGCGUCCGAGGCGAAGCAAAGGUCACACUUCUUACAGACGAUUUGCUUCAGCAGAUCGAAGAGCAGCGGGCGUCCACUCAGCCCGGUAGGUUCGAGGUACCCGAUGACGAGUUUCCGAACAACCGCGAUGGGGAAGAGGAAGAAAAGGGAGUUCAUCGUCAGACGUUUAUCUUUUCUGCAACACUGACGCUCCCCUUCACGUCACUGAGCGAAAAAACGAAGCGGCGUCGCACCAAACAUGGUCUUGAUGGAGGCAUUGCGGAUAUCCUGGAUCGUACAAAUUCGAUGGGGGAGACGAAAGUGAUAGAUUUGACUUCAUCCAAGACAGAAUCUGGAUCGCCAUCUGAAUUUGGACUACGUCUCCCGCCUGGACUUGUUCUUGAGCAAAUCAAGUGCACGCAGAUGCACAAAGAUUCGCAUCUAUACGCAUACUUGACGACUACAGCGCAGGGAUCAUCUGGCCCAUGCCUCAUCUUUUGCAACUCCAUUGCAGCCGUUCGACGCGUUGGCAAAACACUUGAACUCCUCCGAUUUUCUGUGCGCAUUCUUCAUGCGCACAUGCAACAGCGUGCACGAUUCAAGGCUGUCGAAUCCUUGGCUGAUUCCGGGAAACGAACUGUUGUCGUCUGCACUGAUAUCGCAGCAAGAGGUUUAGAUAUUCCUUCUGUGGCAACGGUUGUCCAUUACGAUGUUGCUCGCAGUGUUGAUGGCUUUGUUCACCGCUCGGGACGCACAGCGCGUGGAAUCGGCGAAGGGGCAACGGGAACAAGUCUCUCUUUGGUGUCACCUGCCGAAGACAAGAGCCAUUCAAAGAUUGUUGAAGCAUUGCAGGUCUCAUUUUCGAAGGUGAUGCUGGAUGGAAGAUUGAUGACCGGUGCUCAAGAACGUACAAAUCUUGCAUCCAAGAUUGUCAAGGCUUCGGAGCUCGAACAGAAUAUGAAUUCAAACAACAAUUGGUUCGUGAAUGCAGCCAAAGAGGCUGAUAUUGAAAUCGAUGACGACCUCGUGGAAGACGAGUCGAACAUGGCUCUAAAGGAUCAGCUGCUUAUCAAGGAAGCAAAAAGAGCAAAAGUUCUGCUGCAACCGUUGCUAUCAGAGCCUAUGAAGACUCAGCGCUUUGGGAAAUUCUUGUCGACCAAUAGCGCCGUCAUGCAGACUCAAAUCGCCCCCCUUGCCAUCAAAGAUACCAAGGCAUCAACACAGAAAAAGAAGAGUAAAAUUAAGGGAAAGGGAAAGAAGAAGGGCAAGAAAUGA